AUGGAUGCCAAGAGCCCCCCUCAGACCUCGGGCCAAGGCGAACAGGUGCUGCCCAUCCACCCGGCUGCGCAUCAUAAUCCCCCGUGGAUGAUGCCGUCCACGCUGUCCGAUCCUCCUCCCAUAACUUAUCCGAACCCCCCUUAUGAAUAUGUGCCUGCCCCGGUCCCGGUCCCGGUCCCUGUCCCUGUUCCUGUGUCCGCACCGACUGCGACACCGCGGAACGUCCCCCCGUCCUCAGCAGCCUCGCCGUAUAUCAAAGACGAAACUUCGUCGGCAGCUCCAAAUGUGAACCAUCAGAAUGAUGGCCCGAGUACGGCAUCCAAGUCCCGCAAACCUCGAAAGACCAACAAUGCGUCCGCAGGUCGAUCGACCCUGUUCUGGGUCCAUAGUGACCAGCAGUCCGUAUCGGAGGGAACGCGAGAGGAUACCCUCAAACGGAUUCGUUCCCACGUCAUGUCCGAGCACAAUCGGAAGAAGAGACUGGAGAAUACCAAACGCUACAGGAGCAAGACCUUGAAACAUCUCGCCUUUCAACCGGUAGAGAGCGCUGCUGCAGGUCCCGCACCUCCCCCGUCAGGGAGAUCGCUUGUGAACGCGCCCUCCGCCGGUCGAGACAAGGAACCGACGCGAGGAAACGAUCUGGUGGUCACCAGUGCCCCUGGAUAUGCCACCGUUACGGCGGGCACCCCUGUAUCCGGCGCUGCAUAUAAUUAUGCCAUUGCCUCGAUCCAUGCCCCAGUCCAUGCCCCAGUCCAUGCCUCGGUCCAAUCGACAUCAUCGCCGUCGGUGUAUCUGGGCCAUGGCGCCAACAAGGAUCCGUUUAAUAUGACGCACACUCAUCUGACUGACCGAAUGUUUAGACAUCUCCAACACUUCCUAUUCGACCUUACUCACAUCGCUUAUCCACUGCAACGCCGCUACGGCCCAAAACUACAGGCUCACUGGGCGUCACUCGUUCAGAAUAAUCCCGCCUCCCUGCACGCAUGUAUAUGUGUCGCGGCGUCCAACACGGCCCUGGAAACCGGGGAAUUUCCCCUAGUCGAUCCGAACAAGCGAGGAUCGAGCCUGUUACUGCUUGACACGUUUCACCACCGAGGUGAAACGAUUCGGCUGGUCAAUGAGGAUUUAUCGGAUCCGAUCAAAGCUUCCAGCGAUGAGUUAAUUGCGGCCGUGUCGAUUCUUCUCACCAUCGAGAUUGCAUCCGGAAAUCCCGAUUACCUAAAAAUCCACCUGGCCGGCUUGAGACAGAUGGUUGGCAUGAGGAACAAAUUAACGGACGUUUCUCCCGACAUUCGAUAUCAAAUAUCAUGGACGGACAUUCGAGUCGCGUGCAUGGCAUUCACCAAACCGAUCUUUCCUUUUGUGCGCGACGCUCGUCCGGCACAAAUUGCCAUUGUGCCACCAACCAAAGAGCUCGAGCGCACCGCAUCCCGCCUGAUAUCAUUAACAAAAGUCCCGGGCAUAUUCAGCGACGUUCUAUCCCAAACGAUCAUGGAUCUCCUGGAACUGGUAUGGUAUGCAGAAUGGGUAAAAGGCCCUGUAUUCCAGGAUUUCGACGAUGAAAUUGAAGGCUACUUCAACACCGAGGUCCUCUACGUUGAAUACACGCUCCACUCAAACCGAUACACAGCCUACGGCGAAGCCAAAAGCGACGCGUCUAUCGAAGGCUGCGUCCGUCUCGCCUGCCUUAUCUUCCACAACUCCGCCAUCUGGGACUUCUACCCGAACAUUGCCCCAGUAUUCCCGAAACCCAUCGUCAUGCUACGCAGCUCUCUCGAAUCGCUCAUCCUGACGGGCUGUUUCCACUUCUGUCUCGACCUGCUCACUUGGCUACUGUUCAUCGGCGCCUGCUCGUCGAAGGUAAUGCCGUCCGAGCGGACGUUCUUCGUCUCGGAGCUAGCGACCGCUAUCCGCAACCAGGGUAUCCAGUCCUGGCAGGAACUGCGAAACCACAUGAUGAAUUUUUUCUACGUGGAUCGGGUGUUCCUGACUCCUUUGCGUGGUCUCUGGGAUGAACUUCACGUGAUGGAAAUACCAUAG